UUGAGAUAAAAGCAGUUUAAUAAAUAAGCAGCAAAGCCGCGCGCGCGGGAAGCAAAGCAGAAGCAGAUAAGCUGUUACUCUCUACUUCCCAUCAGCAGCGAUGUCCGGCCACCUCCCGAGAAGCAGGGCUUCAGUACGCGUAGCGGUUGCUUUGGGAAGCCAGAAAUGAAUCUCGCCUCCUCUUCCUGCUCCUUUCCCCCAGUUUAUAUUCCUGAGCUGACGUCAUAUGUACUGGAAUCUCUACAAGCAAGUGUGCCGUCUCUCCAUGCUGCAAACGCACAGGAAUCUGUAAGAGGCAGAUCACCAGCCUUUCAAAAUAUUUCACCUGUUAGUAGAGUACAGGGUACACCUGACACUUCUGAAUUAGCAAGAACUUUACCGCAGAAAUACAGAAGGAAGCUUAUGUCAGCUGAAGAGAUUGAAUACAUUCAACGUGGAGGUCCAGAAUGAGUACGGAAGAUAAGUCAUUGGCCACUGCUGGAGAGUGAAAUAAUCUAUUCACAAUAGAAGCACUUUGUUAAUAUUAAAAAUGGUUGUACACCAAUAGCUUUAAUAAAAACCCAUAUGAAGAAUGAGAAGGUUGACACCACAUGCUGUGUAUGAAUUUGAUUGAGAAGGAUUUUCUGUUGAUGUCAAAUAGCAAUUAAAUUUAUUUGAUGUACACCUUA